GCGCCCCCGCCCGGCUCUCGGGGUUCACUCUCGGUCUCUCCGUGAGACACAGACGGCAGCUUUCCGAGCGAGCUGGGGACAGGCUGAGGCGGCGCCAGCACAACUGCCGCCGCGCGCCCGGAGAAGACCUGGGCAAGUGGAAAGAAGGCGAAGCCGGAACUCCUUCCCCGAGCCGACGGGCACCUCCGCGCCUCCGCGCGACACCCUUCGCAGCCACUUCGCGGGGCGGGCCAGGACUUGGGGACGCGGCUCAGGAAGAGCCGGGGCGGGCGGCGGAGGGUGCCCCGGCGCGAGGGUUGGCGCACUGGGACUGGAGAGGAGUGAGUGGCGGGCUGGGCGGCGGCGGCGGCCGUAGCCGCGGGUGCCUCCCCGCCUCGCUGCUUCGCGGGCAGCACCGCCUCCCGGGCCGCGGCCGCCCGGCCGGGUCCUCUGCGCGUUCCCGGGCCCAGAGCCGGCGCACGAUGCGCCCGGCUGCGUUCUGAUCGCCGCUGCGCCUCAGCCUCCGCCGCGAUGAUCCCCCCCGAGCCGCCGCAGCAGCAGCUGCAGCCGCCGCCGCCGCCAGCCCCGCCGAACCAUGUGGUGACCACCAUCGAGAACCUGCCGGCCGAGGGCAGUGGCGGCGGCGGCGGGAGCCUGUCCGUCUCCUCCCGGGCUGGCGUGCGCCAGAGGAUCCGCAAAGUGCUGAACAGGGAGAUGUUAAUCUCUGUGGCCCUGGGCCAGGUGUUAUCCCUCCUUAUUUGUGGAAUUGGGUUGACUAGCAAGUAUCUGUCAGAAGAUUUCCACGCCAACACACCAGUCUUCCAGAGUUUCCUCAAUUACAUUCUUCUCUUCUUGGUCUAUACAACCACACUAGCCGUCAGACAAGGAGAAGAAAACCUCCUGGCAAUUUUACGACGAAGAUGGUGGAAGUACAUGAUUUUGGGACUCAUAGACCUGGAAGCAAAUUAUCUGGUGGUCAAGGCUUACCAGUAUACAACUCUGACCAGUAUCCAGCUCCUGGAUUGUUUUGUGAUCCCAGUAGUGAUUUUGCUCUCCUGGUUCUUCCUGCUGAUCCGGUACAAGGCUGUGCAUUUCAUCGGCAUCGUCGUCUGCAUCCUGGGAAUGGGCUGCAUGGUAGGAGCAGAUGUGCUUGUGGGAAGGCAUCAGGGAGCAGGGGAAAAUAAGCUGGUAGGGGACCUUCUGGUCUUAGGAGGAGCCACACUCUAUGGUAUCUCUAACGUCUGGGAAGAAUACAUCAUCCGAACCCUGAGCCGAGUGGAAUUCCUGGGAAUGAUUGGUCUCUUUGGAGCAUUUUUCAGUGGAAUUCAAUUAGCUAUAAUGGAGCACAAGGAGCUAUUAAAGGUGCCCUGGGAUUGGCAAAUAGGACUGCUCUACGUUGGCUUUAGUGCCUGCAUGUUUGGUCUCUACAGCUUUAUGCCAGUCGUCAUAAAGAAAACCAGCGCCACUUCAGUCAACCUUUCUCUGCUCACAGCAGACUUAUACAGCCUGUUCUGUGGAUUGUUUCUCUUCCAUUACAAGUUUUCAGGACUUUAUCUCCUGUCUUUCUUCACCAUCCUCAUCGGGCUGGUGCUCUAUUCCUCCACCUCCACCUACAUAGCCCAGGACCCCCGGGUGUAUAAGCAGUUUCGCAAUCCUUCAGGACCUGUUGUGGACUUACCGACCACAGCUCAGGUGGAACCCUCAGUCACCUACACCAGCCUGGGCCAGGAGACUGAAGAGGAGCCUCAUGUUCGUGUGGCCUAGAAUGAGGCCCGCCCUGCCCACCGAGGCCAACUCAUUGGCCAUGUUUUUGCCCAUCAUCUCUGUAUUGUACAUAGAGAAAGGUAUUUACUAGGUGCAGUUUACACAGGUGGACUGCAAGGUAGCAAAUCCUCCAAAAGUUUGUGAAAGAAACAAGCUCAACAUCACUGGAGACACAGGCUCCAAUCCACCUGACUUGGAAAGAUGCCUAGCUAAUGCGUAUCCUGAUCACAACUCCCCUGCAUUCAUUACUGUGAAAAUUUUUGAAUCAAAAGCAAGUAUUAUUGUUAUUACUAUUUGUAUUAUUAUUGUUACUGUUAUUACACCAACUUUCAGGAGGAUGUUUUGUACUCCUGAUGGAAACUAUUGCCAGACCCACAUGUAAUCAACAUAAAUCCCACUUUUCUAUGGCAAUUCACUUUCUAAGAGUCAUACUUUAUUUUUUUGCACAGACUAUAUGAGUGAUGCAUGCCACAGGAGCUCCACCCCUGAGAAGUUUCCUUAUCCUAGGGACCUGGUGGCUAAUGGUUUCCCCUGUUACCUGUUGGAUUGCCUGCUCAAUAAGUAUUUUGUGCUAUGACCCUUGUGGGGAGGGGCAACUGACCAUAUAAUUCUCUAUUCUAGGAAUAGAUAUAAAACAAACAUUUUAGCCUUUUUAUAUUUCGAUCUCUGAUUACUCCAGGCCAUUGCCUUUCUGUUGUGCCACGUGAUUCUGCUAAUCAAGCCCCUGUAAUAACAGGAUAAGGACUGUUCUAUUUAUGUGACUUUUGGGAGCCCCCAAAGAUAAUAUCAUUUGCGUUUGGGCAAUAUAUAAUUUUCAAAUCUUUCUGCCCCUCCCUGUAGUCUCUCUUCAAAAACUAUCUUUUAUUUUUUUUCUAGAUGUCCUUAGUGAUAAUAUGGAAAUUAAUCAAGGCACUGGAAAAAGCCAUGAUCCUCUGCUCUUUUUAUUUUUUUUCUAAACUUCCUUAGUGAUAAUAUGGAAAUUAAUCAAGGCACUGAAAAAAGCCAUGGUCCUCUGGCCUUUUAAUUGUGUGACACCCUUUUUGAAAUGUACCAGCAUGAAAAUUACCUUUGUUGUAGAAAAUCAUUGGUUGUGCCACCUCCUAACAAAGUCAAGGUGUUGAUGUGGAGCAGUAUUUGAAAAUGGCUUAAUUGAUCUGGCCUCUUUGCGGUGGUAACGAUGUCACCAUUGAAAAAGUCUGGCGUUUUGGUCAUAUUGGCAUUCAUUCAAUAGCAGAGUAUAUUGACAUGACAUUCUUAUGGAUACAGAGAAUAUUGCAGGAUCCUGAUAAGACUUUGAGCGAUAUGUCACUAGUCUAAUCUGUUGCCCUUAAAAUAGCCCUUUUUUCAAACACAGGAAAUUAAGAAACACCACAGACCUCUAUUAUUUCGAAUAGAUUCUAUGUGUCAGUAUGUGAUGUACUCUUUUAGUUUGGCUGACUUCAAUAGCAUUCAAAAAGAUCCUCAAUGGAGUGACAGGGUUUAUAGGGGGAAAAUACAUGUUUAGGAGACAUUGGGCAAUUCAAGUCAAUGUAUGUUGCACAAGCAAGCAAAGCAAAACACCACUGGGGUCUCUGGAAAGCGAAAGGACAGACUACAGUAGAAGGACUGAUCCCAGAGUGCCUGUACAAGGCCUAAAUCUGGCAGGCAAAAGCAUCCAACACUGCCUGUCAGCACCCACACCGCCUUUUGGCCUGCCUUCUACACAGGGUGAGUGGACCUACCCUUGGAGAUGGAGAAGAAAAAUUAUCUUCUCUGAUACUCAGAUGUGAUGGUCAUCUCAGUGCAGCCCCCUAGGAAGUGUGUUUUAUUUUCCAUGGGGGAAAAUAUUAAUGAAGUUCUAUCAACAAAACAACUUUGCCAAUAUCUUCUCUCUGCUACCUUUUAAACCAAUUAAAUACCUUUCUCUGAAUAUUUUGUCCAUUCAGAUCCGAAGACCUUUAAAGACUGUGGUUUUAUUUUUGUGUUUACAUUCCUUUGGUUUGCAUAAUUUGAUUUAUUGCAUUUUUAGUAUUUAUUUUAAGCCAGAUGUUUUCGUCUUUGAUUCAUUUUUAUGACAUUAAUUUGUAGACACUUAGUAAAGUCUUAUGAGAAGCAAGUGGAUGAAAUUAUUUCCACGUCCAUUCAGUAGACUGGAAUUUUUUAAAAAUACAAAUUUCCAAAAAGUUUGCAAUCAACAGAUGGCUAAAGGCUGCCAUCUGAAUUAUUUUAUAGGAUAUUUUAAUUGACUCCAUUGUAUGGAAACCAAGUGUGAAUGUUAAGAUGAAUUUACUGUAUACCCUUUAUCAUUCAGUGUCCUUGUACUCAGACUUUCAUGUCCCUGAGUGACCUCAAUGUGUUGGUUUGUCUCCAUUUAGAAAGGUUGAUAAUAUAUUGAAUUGUUCAAGAUCAGGAGUUCCAGACUGACCCUUCCAGAAAAAAAGUUGCAAGUUGCAAAGAACAAAUUCUUUUUCUGUAUAAAAAACAUUGAUCCUUUGGGAAUGGGGUGGGAAAUGGGAUUAGGACAACAUUAACUUUAGCUAUUUUAGUUUCUGAGCUUUCAUAACCUCAGUAGACACCAGCAAAAAUUUCAGUUGUUCAGUCCACCACCAAUCUCUCCUCAGUGAAUAAGACUUUAGCAAUUUGUAUAGAAUUUGAUCAGGUAAGAGCAAACCACAAUUCUCCUAAACCCUGCUAGAGAUUAAGUGGUGGUUCUCACUUCCUCAAUGAAAACUUCACUGGGGACAGAGCUUGCCUUGGUCAGACCUUCCCACAGCUUCAGACUCAAAUACAUGACCAGGUAGACCAAGCAGUGGAAAAAAUUUGCACCACCGUGUCCCAUGAAAUUGUUUCAAUGUUUAGUUUAGAUAUUGCUAACUUGUGCUAUUAACCUUUUGACAAGCGUGUAGUAUUGUUUUUUCAGUUUCUUUUUGAUUUAUAACCAUUUAGUAGUCCCCAGCUAGCUACCAGUACAGAUUUUACCCCAUGGGUAGGAUUCUAUUGUUAAGCCACAUAACAAAGCACACUAAUUCUGACAACACUGCAAAUGGAAAAUAUGAACCAAAAAAAAAAAAAAAUUUACACCGAUGAGUUCAACAAACUGUCCAUUUUUGAUAUUUGCAUGCUCCCCUAUGGACUGGCUGUGGCAAUGUAAUGCCUGUAUAAUGUUUUCAAAUAAAAAUAAAUGCUUUAUGAAAGCAGUGAA